AUGUCCUUCGAGAACCUGCACAAGGCCGGCGAACAUGCCCUCACGGAAGCCGUAGACAAGAUCGUCAAGGACUUCGAAGUCACUCCAGAAAAGCUAGACGAACUAACCGCAUACUUCAUAGAGUCCAUGGAGAAGGGACUCCAAUACGACGCCAAUGAUCCACAUAAUAACGACAGAGGCUUGCCCAUGAUUCCAUCCUACGUCACGGGGAAGCCCAACGGGACUGAACAGGGGGUCCUUAUGGCUGCUGAUUUGGGAGCUACCCAUUUUAGAGUAUGUUCCGUUCAAUUGAAUGGUGAUCAUACUUUUAACAUUGAACAAAUGAAAUCCAAGAUCCCGGAAGAAUUGCUUUACGAUGAAAAUGUUACUAAUGAUGAAUUGUUUAGUUUCUUGGGGAGAAGAACUAGAGCAUUCAUUAGAAAGCAUCAUCCAGAAGUGUUGAAGAACAAGGCAUUGAAUUUGAAUCAAGAUCCUGAUGCCCCUAUUGGAGACGAUGAAGAUUCCAUUAAUAAUAAUACCCUUGACGUGUUGAAGAUGGGGUUUUCCUUCUCAUAUCCAGUGGACCAAAAAUCUAUCGGUUCAGGUACUUUGAUUAGAUGGACCAAGGGCUUUAAGAUUGAAGAUACUAUCGGUAAGGACGUCGUGAAAUCAUUCCAAGACCAAUUGGACGCUCAUGGGUUGGAUAUGAUUAGAGUCGUCGCAUUAACAAACGAUACCGUAGGUACUUUCUUGGCUCAUUGUUACACUUCAGGGGAUGCAGAAACAAUGACGGGUGAAGUUUCUGACCCUGUCAUUGGUGGGAUCUUUGGUACAGGUACUAAUGGUUGUUACAUGGAAGAUUUAGAUAACAUUAAGAAAUUGACAGAUGAAGAGAAGGCCAAAUUCAAACAACAUGGUAAGACUAAGAUGGUCAUUAACACGGAAUGGGGGUCCUUCGAUAAUGAUUUACUACAUUUACCAGUAACACAAUAUGAUAUCGAUAUUGAUGAAAAAUUCUCCUCUAACCCAGGUUUCCAUUUGUUUGAAAAACGUGUCUCUGCCAUGUUCCUUGGUGAAAUCCUAAGAAACACUUUGGUCGAUUUACAUCAAAGACGUUUAAUCUUAACACAAUACAAGACCCAUGAUCAAUUACCUCAUCGUUUGAAGACCCCCUUCGAAUUGGCCACAGAGGUGUUAUCCCGUAUUGAAAUUGAUGAUUCAUCCAAUUUGAGAGAAACAGAAUUAUCAUUCUUACAAAGUUUAAGACUACCGACUACUAUGGCAGAACGUAAGGAAAUUCAAAGAUUAGUCCGUGCCAUCUCUCGUAGAUCAGCUUACUUAUCUUCUGUCCCCAUCGCAGGUAUCCUCAUCAAGACAGGUGCAUUACACAAGAGAUAUCAUGGGGAAGUCGAAGUCGGUUGUGCUGGUUCCUUGAUAGAAUAUUAUCCAGGUUAUAGAUCAAUGUUAAGACAUGCAUUGUCAUUAAGUCCAAUUGGAACAGAUGGGGAACGUAAAGUCCAUUUGAAGCAAUGUAAGGACGGUGCUACCGUCGGGAGUGCCUUGUGUGCUUUGGUGGCUUAA